CUUUCAGUAUAUCCUUUUCUUUCCAACAGCCAAGUUUUGUGGGUGGGGACUAACUGACAGACACGAUGGAUAAAAGAAACCGUCCCAGAGCAUUGGAGGGGUUUAUAUAGGCGGAUAGAGGGGCCAGGUAGGGGAACAGCUCCAUAGUCGAAGGCGGGGUUCCUGGUUGACAUGAAGAGGCAGUCCGAGGGCCGGUUCUUUCAGAUGAGUCUGAACUUUCGAGCAGAGACGUAUGCUCAUUUACAAGUCUACUAUAAAUGUAUCGACAUUAUAUAGAUGCUGAGCGUGUGUCCUAUAAUAACCCAAAUCCUUUCAUAAAAGAGUUACUUCAUAAAGAAUCCUUUGGAAUCCUAGAAAUUAGCUAUAAUUCUAUUCAAACAGGUUCAAAGUGUUUGGGACGAGUUCUAGUGAGUGAUGUCUAAGUGUUUAAAUAUUAACUAAUAGCUAAAGUGAAGUUUGAUGAAGAUCAUGCAGACCACGCAACCAGUGAGUCUCCAGACGCAAAGGAUCCAGGGGCUCUAUCUUCUGGACAAUAAUGACAGUUCUGGAAUUCCUCACAGUGCUGAAAGCUCGGCUAGUAACUCUCCCGACCACUAUGAGAGAUUUUCUCCUUCGACACACUUAAUGGAUCUAAGCAGUCCACCUGAACACAGAGAUUUACCUAUAUAUCAACCUCAUCAUCAUCUUCAUCAUCAUCAAGUACUUUAUCAACAAUCCUCUUACCUGAUGUAUGAAAAUCCUGAUGAGGAAAAAAGAUAUCAAGAACAUCCCAAUGGGAAAAUCCUUAGGGAACUUCAAACUGACUAUGACAGACGUCUACAUGAUAAUUCUCCAGGUUUUUUGUCAGACCAUAGCAGAGAUCAAGAACAAAAUCUUUAUUUAACCCCAUCCCCUCAAAUGUAUUCCUCUGGAGGAGAAGAAAUGACACCUAGACAAUCUCAUCAAAGUUAUCAUCACAUGGAUUCGGUUGAAUACAAGCCGGAAGUAAUGGAAUACAAACCGGACGUAGAAGAGCAGCGAUACAAGCAGGUGGAGAUGAGCCAAAUCACGGAACCUUCCUCUUCAACUAAAAGUUAUGUACUCGAAGGAUCUAGGAAUGGUGGAAAGAGAAAAAGAAAAUCGAGUACUAUUGAAAAUGAAUCUGAAACGGAAAGUAACGCGUCUUCAACAAAAACAAAGAUGAGAAGGAAAAGUGGAGCGACGUUUGAAGAAAUUCAAAAUCAGAGAGUGAUGGCCAAUGUGAGAGAAAGACAAAGGACUCAAAGUUUGAACGAAGCAUUUGCUGCACUUAGAAAGAUUAUACCAACGUUACCAAGUGACAAGUUGAGCAAGAUUCAAACAUUAAAACUAGCUACUAGAUACAUUGACUUCCUGUUCCAGGUAUUGCAUUGCAAUAUGGAAAACACUGAGGGUGCUGAUGAUGCUAACGAAAGAAAUCCAAGAAGUGCUGUUCUAGCCGCUAGAGAAAUAACUUCAUCGUCGUGCAGUUACAUGGCUCACGAAAAACUUUCAUACGCUUUUAGCGUUUGGAGGAUGGAAGAUGACUGGAAUUCGAAUCUCUAGAAACUUUAAAAAAUAUUUUUUGAACGCUCAACAAGGUAAAAGUUACUUUAUAAUCAACGCUUUAAACGUUGUAUGAAUAUUUAGAAAAUAUAGAGAAAUUUUAAAACAAGAGCUUAACAAUGCUCAGCGAUUAUUUAAACAUAUUUCUAUGAAAUGUUCAUAACGAUGUGCAAACUGGGAGUUUGUUAAAUUGCGUGUCGAUUUCCUAUUUUCGCUGGCACGAAAAUAUUGAAAUUAUGAUAAUAGGAAAAGACAAUGUUAUGGUAUAUAUGAAAAUAAUCUAUUCAGGAUCAAUGAUGCUUUCAUGGAACAUAUUAUUUAAGCAA